UAACCAGAUCAAAACCUGAACAAACACCAUGUUUGAAUGGCGUUGUUUCAUCAAAGUCUAGUGAUAUCAGAAGUAAAAACCGGAGUAAAAAAGAUAAAAGUAAAUCUAGAGAAUUUACAUAUUCCAACCAUUAUUCUGAAAUAUCAAAUUUAGUGAUUGGUGAAAAGGAACACAUUGGAUGUAAAACUAUUAAUAAGCAACAUAAGCAACAUACGCAACAAACAAAAAAUGGAAGUUAUAAUUCUAACUCGAAACAUAAAUCUAAUUUAAAAGGAGACAUCUGCACUUCGGGUAUUGACAAAACCAGUAUAUUUACUCCGGUAGACGGAAAAGAAGUUGACAAAAGACGUUCAAAGUUUGAAGAUAAAUCAGUUCAGACAUCUGUAAACAAAUUGGAAUAUGUGCAGUUACCAAUACUAUUCAAUCCACCAAACUUAAAGAAUGAAUCAACUCGUUUAAUUCGAGGACACUCGAAACAAAAACGUAAAUCAAAGGAAAUACGAAAGGAAUUGGAUGAUCGUUUCGAAAGACAAGUAGUCGCUAGUAUUCAAAAAUCUAAAAGAGGGAAAAAGAAGUCAGAAAUUUUUAACAAAGAUGGUUCUAUAUUCCGACCCACACGGAAAAAGGCGAAAAACAAGAUCGUGAGAAAACGAAAAAUUGCGAGUCCUGUCACUACAAUGGAAAUUCAAAAGUUGAUGGCAUUUUCAACACACAAAAAACUAUUUCAACAGGAAUACAUUCCAGCAAAAACUUACGAAGGAGAAUCAGAAGAUGAAGCGAAAGAAGAUAUAGACAUUGGUCAUUAUUCUUAUAUACAUGCAUGUGAACAAUUAGGAAAUCCUCCCAUUCGUAAAAUAUUUGAACAAUUGCAGACUCAGGAAAUAAGCGUUCAGUAUGUUGGACUUAACACUAACGAUGUUAUUGCUUUAGCGUACGGCCUUCUGCAUAACAGUAGGGUGGAGAGUGUCGAUAUAGAAGACAACAGAAUGAGUGAAGAGGGAAUGCUGCAUGUGAUAGAACUACUGAAUUACAACAAUGUUAUAUCUAGCCUGAGUCUUUCCAACAACAGAAUGACGGUCAACUGUGCAGGAAUGUUGAAAGAAGCUAUAAGUAAUAAUGCUUGGCUAACACAUCUAAAUUUAUCAGGUACGAAAUUUGGCGACGAUGGAGCGAAACAUUUAGGCUUAGCAAUAAGAUCUAACAUUUCCAUAAUAUGGAUGAAUCUAAGUCACAACGACAUAGGCGUUACUGGAGCACAACAUAUCGGAAGAGCGCUUUCCAUAAACGAUACACUAGAAGUUCUAGACUUGAGCUGGAAUCAUAUUAGACGCAUGGGAGCUCUCGCAAUAUGUAAAGGCUUACAGGAAAACUCUUCAAUAGUGAACUUCAAUUUAUCUAUGAAUGGCUUCGGUAUAGAGGGAAGCUUGGCUUUAGAGAAUGUUUUUAAAGAAAACAUGUCGCUGAAGUGUAUUGACCUAUCAAAUAAUCGUAUCAAUUGGGAUGGUCUUGUAUAUCUUACCAGAGGACUACGAAAGAACAAUGUGCUUAGGAUUCUCAAACUUGGAGACAACCCAUUACCUGUUGAUGGGAUACAGAAUCUUUUACACGCAGUUUCCAGUCACAGGAGUAACUUAACUCAUCUUAGUCUUGAGAAUGUUCCGGUCAACGUUAAAGUUAUGGAGGAGGUUCAUAUAAUAGCUUCAAGACGAUUGUUUACUAUAACCCAUGGCGGUGUGUUGGACUCAACUGACAUGUUUGGCAUCAAAAGAGGUAGAGGACCAAAAUAUAUUAGUACUUUAAGCGUCAUUCACAAGAGAAGGGAGGACCCCUUCACACUGUUGAUACGAUUUAUUGGGAUGAUGGGUAUCCGAAUAUUGGACUUAUUUCGCAUUUUCGAAAGUGGUGCACAAUCUACAGUAUCAAAAGAUAACUUUAUCAGAGGAGUAAAGAAAGUAGGAGCUCCACUGAGUGAUAGAGAAAUUGAGCUAGUUGCAAAAAGACUUGCUCGAAAAGGACAAAUCAGUUACAGCAUAUUGGCCAAUGGGGUACGAAAUCAUAUGAGAGAAGAGAAAAAAGAAGAUAAGCGGCAAGAAACAAUUGAAGUGAAAAAGCAAGAGCACCGCAAAAAUUUCCUAAAAUCAGACUUAGGGGAAGUUAAACCCCCAGACGUGAAGGAACUAACAAUGUAUAAAACUGUGGCGGGUAAAAACUUUGCCCGAAUAAUGAGUUCUUCGAACAUGUUAUCUAGUAGGAAAGAAUCGCCAUCUCCAACUUCUAGCCGUGUUUCACUGUUACCAAGACUAGUUGACAAAAUAGUUACCAUCAACAGAUCGGCCAAAUCAAUAUUAUCACAAGAAACGCACAGACUGGAAUCAGCUAAACGACGUAAAAGACAAAAAAUAUUCAGCAUUGUCUGAAUUUGUUAUGCUUAUUAAUUCGUUGUUAUUAUAAUAAAAUAUAUUACUUAUAAAGA